UCUCUCUCUCUCUCUCUCAAUUGUUUCGAUUUCUUCUUCUUCCUUUUUUUAUUUCAUUUGAAAACUAGCAGCUGGAUUGUUUUCCAUUGGGGGGUUUUUCUUCUUCUUUUCUUUUUUUCCCCCCUCUCCCAAAAACUCCAUCGACCUCUAUUCGGAAGCAAAAACCAGUAGAAGGUUAUUGAUGUCAUAAUUUUUUUUUUAUCAUUCAAAUCCGUGGAGUAAGGAGGUUUUUGGUCGGGAUCGGUUCGCCGAAAAGUUUGUGGAGGUGGUGGGGUUAGUCUCCGGCGACAAUGGCGAGCGACUUGCCGAUGGGCCCUCAGCUGGAGCAGAUCCACGGUGAAAUCCGCGAUAAUUUCCGAGCCCUUGCAAAUGGUUUCCAGAGGCUUGAUAAGAUCAAAGAUUCUAAUAGACAAAGUAAACAGCUGGAAGAACUUACAGGAAAAAUGAGGGAGUGUAAAAGAUUAAUUAAGGAGUUUGAUCGUGAACUUAAAGAUGAGGAAGGGAGAAAUCCUCCUGAGGUUAAUAAGCAACUCAAUGAUGAGAAGCAGUCUAUGAUCAAAGAGCUGAAUUCAUACGUGGCAUUGAGAAAAACGUAUAUGAAUACCCUUGGUAAUAAGAGAGUUGAACUCUUUGAUAUGGGAGCAGGGGUUAGUGAACCUACGGCUGAUGACAAUUUUCAAGUAGCAUCAUCAAUGACAAACCAAGAACUUAUCAAUGCUGGAACAAAGACAAUGGAUGAGACUGAUCAGGCCAUUCAACGCACUCAAAAGGUUGUUGAACAAACAAUUGAAGUGGGAACUCAAACUGCUGUUACAUUAAAGGGCCAAACUGACCAAAUGGGCCGAAUUGUUAAUGAGCUGGACACAAUUAACUUCUCAAUUAAGAAGGCUUCCCAACUUGUGAAGGAGAUUGGUAGGCAGGUAGCUACAGAUAAAUGCAUCAUGCUUUUUCUAUUCCUUAUUGUCUGCGGUGUAAUAGCCAUCAUUAUUGUCAAGAUUGUGAAUCCCAAGAACAAAGACAUCAGGGACAUCCCUGGAUUGGCACCUCCAGCUCCCUCAAGGAGGCUUUUGUGGGCUGCAGAACAUUUCAUUUAGAUUCAUUAUUUCGCAGCAGUUUUUCCGCCCAUAAUGGUUUGUGUUUUAAAUUCAUGCAAAGGGGUGCUCAGAGUAAUGCAGUUUGCGGGUCGUUUGUCGUUUUUUUGUUUUUCUAAUUUACUUUCCAUAAUUAUAUUGGUUCUUGCCUGCUAUGUGCAUAUUCUGUUUUCGAUUCUUUUCUGUUGUGUGUAAAUCACAUGCGAGCCCUUUUUGCUU